ACAAUAACGACGAAGACGAAGACGAGACAACGCCCGAAUCGUCUCUCCUUUAGAAUUCUGAGAAGGCUGACGCCGUGCCGUGUCGAGCGAUAAAUGGACAAAUUCAUUUUGGUGUAAAAACGUUCAGAUGAAAAUACCGCACACGAGCAUCGAUGUACAAAUAGCCGAUUCGUAUUCAUUUUUUAUAUCCGGAAGACAUCGUAGACCGACAAGAGUGAAGAGAGACAAGAGAGCUAGAGUUAGAGGUCUACUAACCUUGACCUAGCGGAGAUUCGUUAAGAAGCGCAGCUAGGAUAUUCGGUUUAAUCAUGAGUUCUUGGAUGAACUGUCCGUCCUCGUUGCUGCUGUUGCUGUUAGGCUUGAGCCUCCACAGCGCCUGCAUUACACGGGCGAACGUUGCCGGUCAACACGGUGCCGGCCAAGACGGUUACGAUACUUUAGUGGUGGAGACCACCAGCGGGCUGAUGCGCGGUUUCUCCCGCACGGUGCUCGAUCGUGAAGUUCACGUGUUCUACGGAGUGCCGUUUGCGAAGCCCCCGGUCGGACCUUUGCGAUUUCGUAAGCCGUUGCCGAUCGAGCCCUGGCACGGGAUCCUGAACGCUACCACUUUACCCAACAGCUGCUACCAAGAGCGCUACGAAUACUUUCCCGGCUUCGAGGGCGAGGAGAUGUGGAAUCCAAAUACCAACAUCUCCGAGGAUUGUCUCUACCUCAACCUCUGGGUGCCGCAGAAGCUGCGUCUACGUCACAAGGAAUCGCCGGACAACGUCGGUAACAACGGCAUGGCGAUAUUGGUGUGGAUCUACGGUGGCGGCUUCAUGAGCGGUACCGCCACUCUGGACGUCUACGACGCUGACAUUAUGGCGGCGGCCAGUAACGCGAUUAUCGCUUCGAUACAAUACCGAGUCGGCGUCGGUUUUCUAUAUCUCAAUCAGCACUUUAUCAAUAGCGAGGAGGCACCGGGCAAUAUGGGCCUUUGGGACCAGGCCCUGGCUCUCAAGUGGCUCCGCGAGAACGCGCGCGUUUUCGGCGGCGAUCCCGACUUGAUCACGAUCUUUGGCGAAUCCGCGGGCGGCAGCUCGGUGUCUCUACAUCUCAUCUCGCCGGUCACGCAAGGUUUGGUGCGCCGAGGUAUCCUUCAGAGCGGCACCCUCAACGCCCCGUGGAGUUACAUGACCGGCGAGAAGGCGAACGAGGUGGCUCGUGUGCUGGUGGACGAUUGCGGAUGUAAUUCGACGAUGUUGCAAGAGAAUCCCGCGCGAGUUAUGGCCUGCAUGAGGUCGGUGGACGCUAAAACUCUCUCUGUGCAACAGUGGAACAGUUAUUGGGGCAUUCUCGGCUUCCCGUCGGCGCCCACCAUCGAUGGCGUCUUCUUACCUAAGGAUCCGUUGGACUUGGUCAGGGAGGCGGAUUUCAAAGACACCGAGAUCCUGAUUGGAAAUAACGAGAACGAAGGUAGGAAUAUUACUGACUGCACCGAGGACGAGAGCCCUCGGCUUGUUUUACGAGGGAAUUGUAACGCUGGCGCUAUUUACGAUCGGUAGAGAGAGAGACCGUCCGGUUAAGCCAAGUUGGAUGGCCGGCUUUUUGUAAAUGAGAAUAUGUGUUUUCUCAUGCCUGGAGCCGCGUUAGCCUCGCUAUACUUCACUACUUAUAGUAGGUUUCAUUCCUACGUUGGAUGGCGGAAUGGCUCGCGGAGUCGCAGGCCGAAACGUCUUUCCCGCUUACGAUUUCGGUAUGUGGACGAGAAUUCAAUAGCGAGCUAUAACUCAGUUUACGCGAUGUGAAAGUACAGAUUUAUGUACGACAGCUUCUUCUGGAACUUUUACAUCUUGAUAUCUUUCGUGCGCUGUUCCCCCUCUUGC